AUGGCUGAUCCCUACCCCAAUUACUUGAUCAAUAAUGGAGGCUUCAAACUCAACCCUACUAACCACUUCACCACCACCACAGCCACCCCGUCACCGCCAUCAUCAUCGUCGUCGUCUUCGUCUUCGCUGGCACGCAACAACUACAGCUUCAACUUCUACUUCACAAACAAUUACGGAUACCCGCCUUCUCCGCCCACUUCGCCGCCGCUCAAGGAAGCCCUUCCCCUCCUCGGCCCCCGGCCAGGCGAUGCUUCCAUGGAUCUCGACACCAACACGAAGAAGAACGACGAGUCUUUAUUGGGCGUCACUCUGAAUUUGGGCCUUCCAACGACUUCUGCUUGUGCCGACUUCACGGAUUCCGGCAAGGACGAUGAGGAGGAGGAGGCUUCCGGCGUUAGUGUGGCCGCAGCGGCAGCCGUGGGCCCGAUUAACAAGGGCCAGUAUUGGAUCCCGAGCCCGGCUCAGAUUCUAAUAGGCCCGACCCAGUUUUCCUGCCCGCUUUGUUUCAAGACUUUUAAUAGGUACAAUAACAUGCAGAUGCACAUGUGGGGCCACGGGUCCCAGUACCGUAAAGGACCCGAAUCCCUGAGAGGCACGCAGCCAACUGCCAUGCUGAGGCUCCCGUGCUACUGUUGCACCCCCGGCUGCCGCAACAACAUCGACCACCCACGGGCCAAGCCCCUCAAGGACUUCCGCACCCUUCAGACCCACUACAAAAGGAAGCACGGCAUCAAGCCCUUCGUCUGCCGCAAAUGUGGCAAGGCCUUUGCCGUGCGCGGUGACUGGCGCACCCACGAGAAAAACUGCGGGAAGCUGUGGUACUGUGCGUGCGGCUCGGAUUUCAAGCACAAGAGGUCCCUCAAGGAUCACAUCAAGGCCUUCGGGGAUGGACACGGGGCCUAUGGGGUCGACUCGUUCGAGGAUGACGAGCAGUCGUCCGAAAUCGAGCAUUGA